AUGGUAGACGAGUCGAAGCCGGUUGCCGGUCUCCGGCGAACACAUAGGAAAUCCCGCACCGGCUGCAAGACAUGUAGAAGCCGUCAUAUUCGCUGUGAUGAGAAGACUCCGAUCUGCCGAAAUUGUGAACGGAGCGGGCGGCAAUGUCAAUACGUCACUAAACACAAAGUUGAGAGUGACCAACAAUCCCCCCCGCCCGGUCUAUUGUGGCUGUACCCCCAAUUAGAAACUGCCAGUUUCCAACCUCAGGAGCUAUAUCUCCUUCAAUACCUCGCCACAUUUAGCUCCGAGGUCCAUUUUGUAGACAACAAGUAUUCGUCAUGGAUGCGCAGAAUUCCAUUCUUAAUGGCCGAACAUCGGUUUCUACUCGACUGUGUACUGGGACUUUCUGCUGGCCACCAUGCAGUAUCCAAGCCCCAGCCCGACUCGUCAGCUUUUGAUCGGCUUGCGCUGUAUUACCGCGGACGAGGCUUGAGGGGGCUCCAGGCUGCCCUCAACAACUUUUCCGAGAGUAAUGCUGAUGGUGCACUUGCCGCAUCGAUUAUUUUAACCUGGUAUCUAUGUGGCUGGCAGGAAUGGGCAUCCUUAACCCAUGGAAUCGGCGUUAUCCAGACAACCAUGCGCCCCUAUAAAGAAAACUCCUGUUUUGUCAAUCUUAUCGAAGCACGGGAUGUCGUCCCUGAAGCACUUCAGCCAUUGCCACCAACGUCUACCGAGUCAGAAGAACCAGCAGAAGAACACGUGGAUGCUCUGAAAGAAUUGAUUGUCCGAUUACACGAUGUCAAGCGUUACAUCGAGGGGCAUGAAGAGGAGCAGAAGCUGUUGGACCAAAUUAUAGGCUUUGCAAUGAUGAUCGAGAGCAAACUCCCAAUGACGAGUACCCACGAACAAUUUGAGUCUUCAAAGAUGUUACGCAUGGCUAUCAUCACUGUCCCGCCCAAACUACUUCAGCGUGUCCGCAGGGAUCCCGCAACCAUUAUAGUAGCAGCAUACUUUUUUGCGGCAACCCUUGCCGUGCAGCCUCUCUUCCCUGCUAUGGGCGCCAUGUUCUUCGGUUUUAUGGCCCUCCAGCCUCUCAGCGAACUUGCAAGGUACCUAGAGGAACAGCGUUGCGACCCGGUUGCAGCAACUAAGUACGACUGGGACGAGGCCGCAUCUUUGAUGACUUAUGCAAUGGAAACUGUGCGGCGGUUCCGAGCACGACUGGGGUGGCCAACUCCUCCUCAGCCGCUUGUGCCUGCCAUCUAUGGCUAA